UGCAGGAGGUGACAGCUUUCACAUGACCUGAGAAGACAUUACAGCAGAGAAGUCACAAGUGGUGCACGUGCAUAGUGGGCAAUUUGAGUUACAUGACCACAAAGACUGUAUUGUACAAGGGCGUACGUUGAAGACAAGCCUCUUUUAUAUAUUGUGGGCGGGGCUGUUUUGUUGCCUUCAAAAUAAAAUAACCUUCCAUCAACUGCGAAGCGUCUAAGAGUGAAUUUAUUGGCCUUUCUUUCAAAUACAUAUCAUAAAUCGGAUUCCAAAUUACUUUGACAUCCUCCAACUUAUAAAAUGUGCAAACUUCAGCCUGAUGCCAGUUUUAACUGUUUAAAUGAUAAUAACCGUCAGAUGUAUUUAUGAUUAUACCAAGUAGGCGUAAUUCGAUCAAUCCACGGAGACCAUUGAUCACCGCACUACACGAUGGGAGACGAGGUCGGAGUUCGUCACAAACUUGGUACGAGUUUGUCGCAGGUAGCCCUACACGACCGCGACAUCCUUCAAGAGAUGCACGAUGUCGAAAUGGACAACGACCGCGCAUCUGGAAGUCACGAAAAGCACGGGAUGAACGGCCAAACCGACAUCAACGGCGGCGUCAGAUCACCGGACAAUGUCGGAAGAGCUGACUUGAUCUGUGGAUGGUUGGGUUGUCGACCACGGUGGAUUCAGAAGAUGUGUACCGCUAGGUGGCUUCUCGUCGUCAUGUGUCUUGGCACAUUUUUUCAGGGUUUUUUCGUCAGCGGUUUCCUCCCAAGCUCGAUCACUUCCCUGGAGCGUCGUUUCGGCUUCUCCAGUCAGCAGACCGGCCUCCUGAUCAGCAUCUACGAAAUCGUCAGCGUCUUCUUAGUCCUCUUCGUCUGUUACCUCGGUGAUCGAGGUCACAAACUCCGAUGGGUCUCAGUAGGGUGUGUCCUGAUCGCCAUCGCCGCCUGUCUCUUCGCCCUCCCACACUUCACCACGCCGACGUAUUCCUACGCCAGUGCCGGUCCCAGUUACUUCUGCACUAUCGGCAACACAUCGGUUGAUGAAUGUUCGAGUACGACAUCGACGACCACGACGACGAGUUCGGAUUUGUUCAAUUACUACUACGUGUUCGUGGCAGCCAUGGUAGUAGGAGCUAUAGGGGCCCUGCCGAUGUAUACACUCGGACUUACAGCCCUAGACGAGUCAGUUACGAGUUCCAACAAUGGCAUCUACAUUGGUAUAUUCUACGCUGUGGCAACUUUAGGUCCAGGAUGUGGCUUCUUGGUUGCUGGUGUGUGCCUGUCUUACUUUACGGAGCUACGCAUACCAGAAGGGCUUAAUCUAUCGCCCCUUGAUCCUGGUUGGGUAGGUGCUUGGUGGAUUGGUUUCAUCAUAUCUUUCGUCAUGCUCCUCAUCACCGCCGUACCUAUGAGUCUUUUCCCUCGUGAAUUGCCUACCACCGCAAAGAUUCGAGCUGAGAAGGAAGACCAGUCACACAAGAACGCUGGGUCAAACGUGACAAGUCAAGCAGGUUUCGGGACUAGACCCACGGACUUCUUCAAAGCUAUCAAAUACCUGUUCGUCAACCCCACCUUCAUGUUCACCUGUCUCGGUGGCGUUGCCAAUACGCUUAUCUUUAUCUCCUUCGGGACGUUCCUGCCGAAGUUGUUCGAAAACCAGUUUAGUGUAUCUGCAAGCUUGGCUACAAUACUGACAGGUAUCAUCGUGGUCAUCGGCGGUAUCCUAGGAACACUGAACGGUGGUCUGAUCAUGCGCAGAUUAAAGCUGAAAGUCAAAGGUAUGCUUCGGCUGAUAAUCGUCUGCAACAUUUUGGCUGUAUUGCUGUCCCUCGUCACCCUCUGGCAAUGCCCAGGAGCAAAACUGGCGGGAGUCACUGCUUCAUAUGAUGACACGGAGCUUACCGCCACCAACGUCACUCAUUCCUGUAACGCGGGAUGUUCCUGCGCAGAGGACAUAUAUAUCCCGGUGUGCGCAGAUGGUGAUACCAUGGAAUAUUUGUCACCGUGCCAUGCAGGAUGCAUAUGGGGAUUUUUUAAUGGGACUUUCAUUGGCUGUUCUUGUUUGGCGGAGACCGGCCUAGCGGAGUCGACAACGGCUACCUUUGGUGCGUGUUCAUCGUCCUGCCCGUAUUACUAUCCAUUCGUGUAUGCCGCAGUCUUUAUCGUCCUGAUCAUCAUCACCUUCACCACUGCCAUCCCAGAGCUCAACGUCCUCUUAAGAAGCGUUCCCGAUACCCAGCGAUCUAUGGCCCUUGGACUGAACUCCCUGCUCUUAAGACUCUUGGGCGCCUUCCCCGGCCCCAUUCUGUUCGGAGCGGUCAUCGACGGCGCGUGUCUGCUAUGGCAGGAAACCUGUGGGACUCGAGGCUCAUGCUGGGUCUACGACAAUCAGGGUCUGGCAUGGAGAAUCACCGUCAUUGCCGUCGUCCUCAAGCUCGUGGGCGUCCUCUUCUAUGUUCUUGCCCUGGCGUUGUACAAGACCGCAGACAAGGACGAAGACACGAAAGGCGAUCUCAAAAAGGAAGUUACUCUAUAAACGAGCGUAUCCGGACACCUACCGCCUGGACAUCCAUCCCCGGAAAACCACACCCAGUCAGCUUCCCCCCAGACAACUACCCCCUAAGAUAGUUGUCCGGUGGUAGUUGUCCUAUGGGGUAUUUGUUCAAGUUCAAGUUCAAGUUUAUUUGUCUUUCUUCCAACAUAAAUGUAAUACAAUUUAACAAAUGUAUAACAUGCAAAGUAUAUAAGAGGAAACACUUAUAAGAAUAAAGUUCACACAAUGCAUUUACAUGAGAAAACAAAAGAAGAAAAGACGAGGAGACCUAAUUAAAGCUUAGCUUGUAGAGGUCAGGUCCCUCAAAAACAAUAACAUAAACAACAAGAACAGCCUGGUUAUAUAAUAGAUUAAUAAAAGAAAUGUUCGUCAAAGGCGCUAAAGUACUAAAACAAAUAACUAUAAACAAUAACCAUAUGAUUAUACACAUGGUUUAACUGAGUAAUAAAAAAGGGUGGGGAGAAGAGACUAUGUACAAAAGGGGGAGAUAAGAGCGAUCAUGAUGUGGGAUAUAAAAAAGAAGAGAGGGGCGGGAGUGGGAAAGAGAGGGAGAGCUCGAGUUGGGGAGAAAGAAAAAAAAAAUACUUUCACUGUAAACUGAAAGCUAGCUACAGGCGAGAAAGGAAAGAAAAAGGAAAAGUAAGUCGGCAGUUGCUAUACAGUAGUAAAUUGGGGAAUGGAUUAAGUUCAAAUAUAAAUCACGACACUACAGAUUAAGAAACAACUAAGUAAUUAUUCAAUAAGUACAAUUUCAGUUUACGUUUGAAGACAGAUAUACUGACAGAAUGGCUAAUGCUUGAGUCAAGAGUGUUCCAAAACCUUGGUCCAGUGCAAACUAAAGUGUUGAGAGUAAACUUUGUCCUUGCAUGGGGUAAGUGGAAUGCAGAAGCACCUCUUGUGGCAUAAUUGUGAAUUUGAUUGUUUCUCUUGAAAAUCUUGGCUAAUGCCAGUGGCAGUACACCUGAGUUGAGAUCAUACAUUAAGGAACCCAAUUGCAUAUAAUAAAUAUCUUCUACCUUUAAAAUCCUAUGAUGAUAAAAAAGAGGAUUUGUAUGAGCAAGAAAGUCAGCAUUACAGAUUGUUCUUAUUACCCUCUUUUGAGCCAAGAAUAUUUUAUCUAAUUGUGUUAUUAGAGAUUUGCCCCAAGCAAGCACACCAUAAUUAAUAUAAGGUAGAAUUAAAGUUGAAUACAAGAUAAGUAAUAUGCUUUUAGGAAGAGUAGACUUCAACCUACGAAUUACACCAGUAUUCCUUGAUAAUAUUUUGCAUAGAUUAUUUACAUGAGUUUUCCACUUCAAUUGUUCGUCGAUAUAAAGACCUAAAAAUUUAGUUGAUGUUACCCUGUCUAUCAGAACACCGUUGAACAUAAUGUCGCCAGGCAACAUCUUGAGCGAAUUGCUAUAUAUCAUAUAAUUGGUUUUUGUAAGAUUAAGAGACAGUUUAUUAGCAUGAAUCCAUGAGGUAAUAUUGCGCAACUCUGAGUUAACUGUUUGCACAAGAACUUGUGCAUCUUUGUGUGAAAAAAAUAUGCUUGAAUCAUCUGCAAACAAAAUAAAGGAUAAUACAUCAGAAGAAUAUUGAAAAUCAUUUAUAUAAAGAAUAAAUAAAAGAGGACCAAGAAGUGAUCCCUGUGGGACUCCACAGCUGACAUUUUGUAACUCUGAAUCAAAACCAUUUAUGGAUACGAAUUGCUGUCUGUCAGCUAAAUAGCUCCUGAACCAAUCCAGGGCAGCACCCCUGACCCCGUAAUGGGAUAAUUUACAUAACAAUAUUUUGUGAUCUACUGUAUCAAAUGCCUUAGAGUAAUCCAAGAAUAUUCCAAGUGUGUGCAUGUGGUUGUCCAUAGCAUAAGAAACUUUAUUGAUAAAGUGCAGUAUAGCAUGGGUGGUAGUAUGUUUCUCACGGAAGCCAAAUUGAAAGUUGGAAAACAUUUUACUUGAAUUGAGAAACUUUACAGUUCUCACAUAGAUAAGUUUUUCAAGAAUUUUAGAGAAAGAUGUUAAUAGGGAAAUGGGUCGGUAGUUCGUCAAUAGUUUUGGGUCACCCUUCUUAAAAAUUGGGACAACCUUUGCCACUUUCAUCUCCCUGGGUACAAUGCCAUUUGUCAGUGACAGAUUAAAUAUAUGCACUAAUGGCUGUACGAUUUCUACUGCUAAGUUUUUAACUAGACUGUUGGAGAUAGUAUCACAGCCUGGGCUUUUUCCAAUCUUCAAAACAUGUACUAUACUGAGUACUUCUACUUCAUUUGUUGGCAUUAAAAACAAACUUUGCUGGUUAGGUUCUUUCAAGAAGUCAUGGAAUGAUUUAUCACAAUUUGGAAUACCCUCCGACAAAUUCGGACCGAUACUACAAAAAUAAUUAUUGAACUUUUCAACAAUAGAUUUUGUAUCAUCUACUAAUUCUCCAUCAAUUUGCAGAGAUCUUAUGCUGGAUGUUUUACUGUUGCUUUUAAAAAUAUUUUUGAUUACCUUCCAUGUUCCUUUUAUAUCAUUCAAGGUUGCCUGAAACUGAGUGGAAUAGUAAUUUUUCUUUGAAACACGUAAUGUUGUAGUUAAGGUGUUCCGAUAUCUGGUGUAAUUCAAGCGUGACUGUUCUGAUUUAGUUGUCUUGUAUUUAUAAUAUAGCUUAUUUUUCUUAUUGAUCGAUUUCAAUAGCGAUCUUGUAAUCCAUGGCAUUCGGGGGAUCUUCCUGUGAUUUCCACUAUCUCUUUUACAUAUAGGUAUAUUCUCAUCAUACAGCAGUAUAAAUUUUCGAAAGAAGUUUUCAAAAGAGCUAUCAACAUUUUGAUCAAGUAAAACAUCACUCCAGUCAGUUGCAAUUAGGGCUUCCUUAAGCUUUGCAAUAUUUUCGGGAUUGCUCCUACGGGCAUGUUUAUUUUGCCUAGUAAUGAAAGAGGGUUUGCUCAAUGGCAUCUUGGCAUAAAUAGGAAAAUGGUCCGAUAGGUCAGAAAUUAUGAUGCCAGCAUCUGGAAAGGGUUGCAAAUUAGUGAAGAUAUUGUCAAUGAGAGUAGAGGAAUUUUCAGACACUCUUGUAGGUUUAGUGAUCAAAGGCAUCAAGGAAAAGGACACCAACAGGUUCAAACAGUCAUCAAUACAGCUAUUUCCAUCGCAAGUGAGCAGGUUCAGAUUAUAAUCACCCAUGAGAAAAAUUAUCUUGUUAUUAAGUAAUGGAUUUGACAGAAUAUUGUGUACCUCAUCUAUAAAGAGAUUUAGAUUACUUUAUGGCGGCCUAUAAACGACACCUAAAACAACAUUACGUUUUCCUGAUAUGAAAACAUCAACAAAUAUAGUUUCUAACACAUCAUUCAUAAUGGUAAGCUCAUGACAUAUUUGGUAAUCCAUCACAGAUGGAAUGUAUAAAGCCACCCCUCCACCUCUUUUAUCUCGUCUAUUAUUAGAAACCAAAUUAUAACCAGGAAUUAAAUAUAAGCUAGUAUCGAAUUCAGAAGGAAACCAGGUCUCAGAAACACCUAUUGCUGUGAAUCCUGAUAUACGCUUGGUGAAAACACUGAAAUUUUCAAAAUUCUUACACAUACUACGUAUAUUCAAGUGAAUUAAAGCAAGUUCAUUACUCUCUGAACCACAGACCAUAUCAAAGAAUUGCUUUUCGGUACAAUAAUUACAAUUUAUUGUAAUUUGAUCAUCAUUUUCAUCAGGGGUAGUUGUCGUACGAGGUGGUUGUCCAUGGGGGUAGUUGUCCUAGGGGUAGUUGACUGGGGUGGUUAUCCGGGGGUGGAUGUCCAGGGGGUAGGUGUCCUAGAACCAUAAACGAGAUCGCCAAGACUUGCAAGAAAUCAACCCUAGGCAAUUUGAACAGCCAUGUCCGUUUCCUUUUGAAAUGUGUAAACAUUACACUGACAUACUAAUCUGAGAAUGUGGAAAAGAUCCCAUCGUCUUAUUUUCCAGUUCCCUUCCCAUUUCUCUUUUCUUUAUAUUUUACCUUAUUUUCCUCUUUGAUUAGGGGAGAAAACUAGCCAUUAGUAAAUUUGUAUUUUGUGUAGGUAAUGAUUGUAACAUAUUUUUGUAUUCUUAAUUUUCCCUCUUGAUGUUUUUUUUCAAUAUCAAACUUUAUUUAUUAUUAUUAUUAUUAUUUUCCUCGUACAGAGAAUUUGUUUUGAUAUUUCAUGCAUAAUUUACAUAAUCACUUUAACAUUUUAAAAAUACUUUUUAUAAUGGCUAUCAACUCGGAUGUAGAUAUGAAUUUUGUACUUUUUUAAAUAUGUAUUAUCAUUGUUGAAUCGAUAUUAUAUUAUAAAGCAUCUAUAUACAAUU